AUGGAUACCAAUACGUUAAGUUCCUUCAUACUUUCCCUCAAGGACCUGCACAACUACUCUCUGGCAUUGCCUAUGAUGAUAUGGGCUCCCAAUCACCAUGGCAAGUCAAUGUAUUAUGUGAUGCUAACACAUCCACCAUCACCACCUCCUCCGCCACCAACAACAGUCCUUCCUCCUCUCACAAUGAGCGGAUACACUGGAGGAUUCAUCAACACAAUGGCCACACCUAUGAAGGGUCAGCCCCCAAUGAGGAUCAAUGUCUAUCAGUCAUAUGUUGUGGUCAAUGGCUCUAUUGACGGCGCCGAUAUGACAUAUACUUGUACCGCCAACUGCUAUGUAUGCUACCCCAUCCUCAACAAGCAACUGGGCCCUCAAUCAUGGCUGGUCCAAGUGAUGAUCUACCCAACACCCAAGUGUAUGGAUAGCACUGUCCCCAACUACGCAUCGCCAUUUACAAUUGUUAUGAACGUUGCCAAUAGGAAUGCUUCGCUCACAUUCCCUGCUCUUGUGAAUACCACCACCUCCGUGACUCAACAGUUUGUAGAGUAUAACUACGACAUUGGCACUGGAAUCGUUCCAACGAGAUACGAUCCAAACUAUUACGCGAUGGCCACUUCACAGCCAGGUGCCGGCACAUACUUUGUCAGUACCAACAUGACCCUCAACCCCAACGUAGCCCAGGCCUUCAAUAUCCUCUUUGAGUACAAGUCUAUCAAGCCGGUAUUGAACAUGCCAAAUGGAGACAUACGUACCCUGAUUCUGUCCAAGGUCAGCAGCGCAGAGUUGCUAGUCUACGAAGCUGUGGACAUGCCCCUGAGCAUCAAGAAUUACACCAAGACGACUGGUGCACCUGCACCACCCACACCAAACAUCAGUGACAUCUUGGAGGGUGUGUCGUCGACGAGCUUCAAGACAAGGUUCACGCUGCCAAGCUAUCGCCAGUGCACCUAUGGCUACUCACCAUCUGUGGAGGGCUGGACUUCAGCCAUUCAAUAUCCAUUUGGAGUGAUUGCCGUUCAAGACAAUGGCGCCACAGACAUGGCGUUUAGUUUCUUUGCUUCCAAAUACUCUGGAUCCAAUGCCUACGCCAUCGACUGCUACUUUGGCAGGGUCAAUAUCCCAAUGCCAGGUCCAUUCGUUAAUGAUACUCGCCCUCCAGUUGUAAAGACAUGGAACUUGACACAAGUCUCUGCACACUUAUACGUUGUUCGCGUUAACAUUGUUGAUGAUCUUAGUGGCUUUGGAAGGAUGAUGCUAUACUUUGAGACUGGAGACAUGAUCGACAUCACAAUUGAAGACUUGAUUGAAGGCGACAGUCUGGAUGGCACAUAUGAGAAGGCAUUCAUGAUCUACAAUAUAACCAAUCUUGUCAAUCCCAAGUACUCAUACAUCCUGUCCGACCGUGUUGGUAACUCACCGAUUGCCGACAACGCACCAUUAGGCUUCAUGACCAGUAGCUUUAGGAUUGGCGCCGAUGACUUGACAGUGUUCUACUUUGAUAAGUAUGAGAUGGACGUCAGCUCUGCACCAAUGAACAACACACUAUACCUGGCCUCGCCCAGGGCUAAACCAAAUUGGAAACCAAUCAUAUUCUUUGGAUCGAUUGACGAUAACCCUAACUACAUGGCCACUGGCUACUACGACGCGAAGCUCAAACUCUUUGUAAUACCAUUCACAGUGCCAGCGCGCACGAUGACCACCAAGAUGAAGUUCUUUAUCAACUUCCAACUGUCUGACUUUACAACUGCCAUGCGAUGGUUCCAACAAGACUCUGCCUCAACCAACUUGGUGAUUGACAGUGCACCCAUCCAAGCACUCUUCCCCAGCACCUCCAUUGUCAACAUCAUAUCACAGUACGGCGAUGAAUUGCCACCACAAUUAGCCGGUAUUGAUGCUCAUCCUAGCCUAACUGUGACAUUGGAUGCUAACUCUCAAGCGACCAUUGGUUGGAACAUUUCGAUAAGGGACGAAGGCAAUGGGUUUGCUCGUGGAGUGUUCAACGUUAUUAGUACUGUAGAUGGUACUCCACGUCGCUUCGAGUUUACCCCUGCCAACAGGACGAGUGGCGAUGACCAGUAUGGCAAUUACGAGAUACGAUUCCAAGUGGACUCCAAGGGUCGCAAUCAGACCUACACCUUCUUGGACAUUGAAUUGUUUGACAAGUCCAUGAAUCGGGCCCUCUACGAGUCUGCAGUCGAGACAUUCAAGACCCUUUCACCAAUAGCAUACAUCAUCAGUGACUAUGUCCAUGAGUUCAACAUCAAUGUCACAACAUACCAAGUACCAUCGGACAGUUGGCCGAGACUGGAGAGUCUUCAGUUCACUCGACAAUACGUGGACGUUGGAACACAAUACAGAGAUGUUGAAGUCUUCUUCACAGUGAGGGCAUAUGAUUACAGCUUGAGACACAUGCCCUGUGUAUACCUGACUGGCCUCGUUUUUGAGAUCUACAAGAUGGAGGCGCGACUGGUCAAUGUCUCGGCGGACAAUGUCUAUACAUUCACAGCCACUGGCUACCUGCCCUACGCGUUUGCAACUUCCACUGGUAAUGGCGCACAAGUAAUCCCAUCACCCAUGACGGCAAUGGUGUCUCUGUAUGGUCUGAUGGACACGAACCAGCACAUGGUUGGAUACAGCAACGACCAACUACCAGGUGCCAAUGUACAAAAGACACUGCUGAUCACUUACACUCACAACAAUCCAGUGUUGGAUCGAUACAUUGUCGAUACAGAUGGCAUUGUCACGGUGUUUGGCAAAAACUUUGCACCCAACUGCUCGCUUGUCGCCUUCGCUGGCGACCAGCCCGACUUCCACUUUCCACCAAACACCUCAAUAUUCACAAGAAUCGAUGGCGUCUAUGUGAUCGCCACCUUCUCAUUCAACCUCACCGAGCCCACAUCCUUGUACAUUCAGAUGCGAAACAAUGAUACACUCAUAUCCAACAACCUUCUGUUCAACUAUGUGCCACAGGGAGGCAAUGUUACCCCACCCGUUGACCCACCUGGACCAACAAUCAACUGCACUGGCACUGGCAACCCUCCCUGCUCAGGCAAUGGCGUGUGCUCGCCGACCUUUGGCUGCCAGUGCAAUGGCACAUGGUAUGGAGAUGAUUGCUCGUCACAUGCUGUGCCAACAACACCCGUGAUCAAUCCCGACAGUCCGACGACUGUGUACACAUUCAACAUCAGUGGCCUGACGAUCGUGGGCGAGAUCGAGGUCAUCAGAGUGCGCGUGCUCGAUCAACUUGGCGCAGAGUUGGUGGCAUAUCCGCUCAAUCAAUGGAAUGUCUCGACGAUCACCAAUCAAUCAUUUGACUAUGUUUCCGCGUUUGGACAGAAUUCUGGUGCGAGGAUCAAGGUGAAUGUGCGAUGGUUCACUGAGGACGAGGACAUUAAGUUCGCUGGCGACAUACUCCCAAUGAAGAAGAACACGAUCAAGUACACCAUCACACUGUCCAACUACACAUUCCCAAGCCAGUUGGAUUCGAUGCAAGUUGUGAUGCGUGCCACCAUCAACACCACCGAUGCAAACUCUUGCUCAGUUCAGCAAUAUGGCUUUGCCAAUCAGAGCGAUGGCGACUUGUAUUGGAUGCGUGUCAAGGUGCAGAGCUACAGUGUAUAUGGCCACUUCAUCCAGAAGGCAUUGGUUGAUGGCAGGCCAUCAAGGAUAACCAACGUGCUACUUGAUGAGACUACCCAGAUUGUGAACAACAACACUCAAUCAUCACAAACAUUGAUCGGCAUUAAUGUACAUGCCUUUGAGAAACAGGCAUUGAUGGAUCCUGACUUCCAACUAUUGCUGGACAUUGAUGAUGCUAAGGACGUUGAUGGAGCGAUAUGCAAGCGUGGAUCAAGUGGAACCAAACUAUCUGGAUUGGCCAUCGCUGGAAUCGUUGUCCUCUGUGUUGCUUUUGUAGCCGCCAUUGUUGUUGCCAUCGUCUUUAGAAUGAGGGCCAAUCGACGACAAAAGAAGGAGUUGGGCAGGAUCAAUGUGAGGUUAGCUCAGAUGAAUCAGAAAUAA